GUGCGGUCGUGCCAACGAAGCAACCCGCUUGGCGCCACACAAACAUACGGCGGCGACACCGAGACACUCUCGCCGGCCGUCGCCGCCGCCGUCUCCUCCCAUGGCGACGGUCGCCGGCCGCUUCGGCUCCCCGCCACCGCUCCCUCUCCCUCGCCUCCGCCGCCGCGCCACCUUCUCCGCCGGCGCACGCCGUUCCGCCGCUCGCGGUCGCAUUACGAGUUCGCGUAAUUUCUCCCGUAUGGAUUCCUGCGCUGCAAGGGCAUCGGCCUCCGGGGCUGAAUCUUCUUCUGGUGGUGGGGAAGAUGAGAGCGAGAUAAUCGAUGCAAUGGAAGUGAAAUCAAGCAGCACUGCUGCUUCUUUCCUUGCUAAAGUGGCACUUGCUCUGGGUGUGGCAGCUACUGCUACUGUGAUUUCACUCUUCAUGAGGCAGCCUUCUUCAGGUCCAUCUUUCAGUUUGCCACAGAUUGUUGAUGCUUCGGCGCCGCCGGAUGCGGCAGCGACCAUCGGAUAUACUUUUUCGCUGUUUGGGAAGAAAGUUAUUGUUCCGGAAUAUACUCCAGGGUGGGUUUACUUUUGGUUGCUCAUGGCUGCUGGAUUUGGACUAUUUAUUAGUGAAGAAGCUUUAAAUGUUUGGGUUGGGAUUUCUUUAGCACGCAGCCUUUGUUUGGAUGGAACCUGGCAGUCUCUUGCUAAUUCAUUCUCAAUGAAUGCAUCUUAUAUAAUUUCCACAGUGUUAUGGGUUUACUGGGGCGUUUGUAUUAGUGAUAUGGUUCCAUUCUAUCUAGGUAAACUUUUUAGGCAAACAAGAGCAUCUGAAGACAUAAGCAGCAAGAUUGGAAUUGGGAAGGAGAAAGCACUAAGCAUAUCGCGUGCGGUGCAAAAGUAUGGCAACCUAAUUGGAUUUGUUGAGCGAUUUUCAGUUGGGGUUCGCAAUCCUACAGGAUUUCUAGCUGGCGCAUUGGGCAUACCAGCAGACUGUUAUUUUGCUGGAGUUUGCUGUGGUUGUCUAUUUACUCUUCCUAUCCAGCUAGCUGUUGGGUUUUUCCUGAGAGAACGGCCUGUUGUUGCACUCGCAAGUGUUGCGGCAGCUGUGGGCAUGUGGACCGUGUUCCCUUAUGCAGCAGCCGCAUGUACUGCAUUGUUCUUCUACCUCAGUCGUCGCAACUCCAGUAACUGAAUGUGGUGAUACUUCAUUUGCAAUAUUGCAUGUUGCGACGCAUGCCAACUCAGUCCUCUUCUGAGUUCAGACACAUCCAUGAAUCUUAUAUCUGAACAUAGGCUUGCAUGCACACUAACAUACCCUUUUCCCCUAAUGUACAAUUUUAUAUAUUAUUUUCCUUAUUUGUAUGCUAGCUUCUGAAGAGCUAUGAAAUGUAGAAGUAUAUUGGUUCAGAAAGCUUGUAUAGAAGUAUAGAACUGCCAUUCUUCUGAAACUGUUUUACUCGAUCUUUUCCCAGCUUCUGGCUCCUUUGGAUACAGUGGUCAAAUUAUUUACUGAAACAUGGAUACAUCAUGCAUUGUACUACUAGUAGUAUAGGAGCAAUAUAUAUUGAUGGCUAUAAUUUUAGGAUA